AUGCGAGCAGAGGCGGAUUACUAUGGCAGGCUCGGAGUGAACAGAAACGCCAACGAGGCCGAGAUCAAGAAAGCUUUCCGCCAAAAGGCAAGGCAGCUUCACCCCGACGUGAACAAGAGCCCCAACGCCCAGGAGCAGUUCCAGCAGGUGUCGGAGGCUUACGAGGUCCUCUCAGACCCUCAGAAGAGAAGCCUGUACGAUCAGUUCGGAGAGGCGGCUGUCAAAGGCUCGGGUGCAGGUGGCCCAGGCUUCUCUGACUUUGGCGACUUCAGCCCCUUUGGAGACAUCUUCGACACUUUCUUCGGAGGAGGAGGAGGAGGAGGGAGGUCAAGGAGGAGGGAUGGACCGCAGCAGGGGGACGAUCUCCGUCUCGACCUUGAGAUCGACUUCAUGAAAGCCAUCUUCGGAGGAGACGAGAAGAUCACCAUCUCUCAUCUGGAGUCAUGUGGAACAUGCGAGGGCUCGGGGAUGAAGCCUGGCACCAAGCCAAGAACCUGCGGCACGUGUGGAGGAUCGGGAGUGGUGACUCAGGUGAUGAGGACGCCCAUCGGUAUGAUCCAGCAGCAAGGCGUCUGCCCGCAGUGCAAGGGCAACGGUCAGAUUGUUGACGAGUACUGCGGGACGUGUAGCGGGAGAGGGAAGUUGCAGAAGUCCAAGCAGCUGAUGAUCACCAUCCCUCCUGGGGUCGACAAUGGUAGCAGGUUGCGGAUCAGACAAGAAGGCGACGCUGGGGCCAAGGGCGGACCGCCGGGAGACCUCUAUGUCUUCUUGUCGGUGAAGCCGAGCAAGGAGUUCAAGAGGGAAGGGUCAGACAUCUUCUCUAACGUGCAGGUCAGUUACAUCGACGCCAUCCUUGGAACCGAGGUAAAGGUGGCCACCCUGGAUGGGACCAUCGACCUCAAGAUCCCUGCUGGAUCUCAGCCCGAGACGGUCAUGAAGGUGGAAAACAAGGGAGUCCCGAUUCUGGGCAAGAAGAAUGCCCGCGGGAAUCAGUUCGUGACAGUCAAGGUUGCGAUCCCAACGAGCAUCACGCGAGAGGAGAAGGAGAUCCUCGCCCAACUCAAGUCCAAGUCAAACAAGGUUUGA